AGGUGAAAGCAGAUGUGACUAAAAGGUGAUCUCAUCUAUUGCUUUCUUCUGAGUAGCUUUAUCAGUCAUUCCCCAGAGUGAUGAAGCACUUGCCAGGUCCUCACAACAAAAUGUUCAGCCACUUCAACACCCUCCUAGACUUCAUCAGUCAGCAGGUAAAAUGGCACAAGAAGGACCUGGACCACAACAAUCCCCGGGACUACAUAGAUGCUUUCUUAACUGAAAUGGAGAAUCACAAAGAAUCUGAUGUGGGCUUCACUGAGACCAAUCUGGCAAUGUGCUCUCUGGAUCUGUUCCUGGCUGGAACUGAGACAACCUCCACCACUUUGCUGUGGGCUUUGGUUUUCCUCAUCAAAAAUCCAGAUAUCCAGGACAAAGUCCAGGCAGAGAUAGACAGAGUGAUCAGACAGAACCGCCAGCCCACUAUGGCAGACAGACCCAACCUGCCCUACACUGACGCUGUCAUCCACGAGAUCCAGAGGAUGGCAAACAUUGUUCCUCUCAAUGGAGUCAGAAUGGCCGCCAAGGACACGACACUGGGUGGUUACUUCAUACCCAAGGGUACGUCCGUAAUGCCCAUUCUGACCUCUGUGCUGUUCGACAAGACUGAAUGGGAAACUCCAGACACCUUCAACCCUGGACACUUCCUGGAUGCUGAAGGAAGGUUUGUGAAGAGAGAGGCUCUCCUGGCUUUCUCUGCAGGGAAACGUGUGUGUCUCGGAGAAGGCCUCGCCAAGAUGGAGCUGUUCCUGUUUUUGGUCGCUUUACUGCAGAAAUUCUCUUUCUUUGUUCCUGAUGGAGUUGAGUUGAGUACAGAAGGAGUUACUGGAAUCACACGUGUACCACACCCCUUCAAGGUGUGCGCUACGGCUCGCUGACUUAAACGAUGGUCGUUCAGACUUGGCCACAGGUAGUUUCUAAUGACCAUAACGACUGCUAUUACAACAACCAGGAGCUAUAACGAACUAGCGGUAUUGAUGAUCUUGGCAAACAAACAACCCCACAGAGGUUAAAUAGCUAAGUUUCCUUACUAGUCAUUUCAGAACUGCCUGUCUUGGAUGAGGGACGAAAUGUCUACUAGCAUCUUCAACCAAGUCCAGUUGCCCUUGAUUUAAACCUUCAUUGGAUCAUUAUGACCUGGAUGACUGAGAACCUUCACAGACUUUAUAUUAAAUGUAUUAACAAUGGCAUUGUUUAUAAGAUGUUUCCUAUUGUCCUUAUUAUGUCCGUAGUUAUGAAUGAAAAAUUUUGUAUAAAGAUUUCAUAGACAUACAUCCUUACAGUGUAUGUUACUUAUAAUCAAGCUGUAUUGGUUAAGUUUUAUUUAUAGUUCAGUUAUGCUAU